GCAGGGAGCCAGGCUCCUGCCAACAACUAGAUUCCCACUUCCAAGGGAUGGAAAGAGCGCCCGGGAGGUGACGGAGGCCACGGCCAGCCUUUCCCUGGCCAGCCCCUCCCUGUUCAGCAUUGAAGACUGACGUAAAACGGAACACUGGGGCAGCCUGCAGAGGAAAGUUGAAGCCGGGGUGUGUGGCAGGCAGAUGAGGGAGCCGAGAGCUGCUGGGGAGAGAGACUCAGACGACGUGGUGGAGCAUGGCUGCAACAGUGCAGUUCUUGGCUUGCCAAGUUGUAGCUAUUUGCCUCCUUCUCCCUGGGGUUACUACAACCCAGCACCAUGCAGGGCAGCCCAUGGACAGCACCAGCGUGGGAGGUGGCCUGCAGGAGCCAGAGGCCCCGGAAGUGAUGUUUGAGCUGCUCUGGGCUGGACUGGAGCUGGAUAUCAUGGGGCAGCUGCACAUCCAGGAUGAAGAACUAGCAUCCACACAUCCAGGCCGCCGACUCAGGCUCCUCCUACAGCACCGAGUGCCCAGAGACUUGGAGGGUGCUGAGCAGCGGCUGAAGCAGCUCCAGAACCUGCGGAAGGGGCCUCCUCUCAGCCCUUGGGACUUUGAACACAUGCUCCUCACAGGCUUGUCCUGUGUCUACCGGCUCCAUGCAGCUAGUGAGGCUGAGGAGAGGGGUCGUUGGGCCCAGGUCUUCACCCUCCUGGCACAGGAAACACUCUGGGACCUGUGCAAGGGCUUCUGCCCCCAGGACCAGGCCCCUUCGCUGGGGCCCUGGGCCUUGAUCCUUGACCCUUUCCCCUGACCCUUCCUUUUCAGCUGCCAUUCACCUCUCCCUUAUAACCACAGCCCCCUCCCCCCAACCUGAGCCAGACCCAUCCUAGGCAGGGUCUUCCUUCUGGUACCGAGUUAUUCCUACUGUGUUCAGAUCUUUGGGUUUGGCUUGCACCCAGGACACCCCUUUCUCUCCUCCCCGCAUCCCCUCUGCUUACUCCUACCCCAUCAUGUUCCCUGGACCCUGAUAGGCCAGGCAGCAAGUGCAGCAGGCGCAGAGCUACAGGCAGGACUUGCAGGGUGCGUGCGUGCGUGCGUGUGAGCGCGCGCGCGCGUGCGCACUGGGUCAGGGGUCAGAGUUGAGAAGUGUUUUUAAGAAAUGCUAAAAGGAGGGCCGCCGAUAGGGAUGGCCGGUUAGCUCACGCAGGAGAGCGUGGUGCUGACAACACCAAGUCAAGGGUUAAGAUACCUUACUGGUCAUCUUUUAAAAAAUAAAUAAAUAAAUAAGAAAUGCUAAAAGGAAAGCUGCACCUAGGUAAGGCCAGGUCAGACCCUCCCAACUCCUACCCUGGCAGUCUGUGAGAGGUCCUGUGGAGUAAGUGCUCAGCACCCAGUUCUAAUUUAGAUACCCCUUAAGAUCAACCAAGGCUCUGGGGUCCCUACGCCUCCAAGUUCCCCACCUGGGCUGGGAGAACAGAUUGGACUUUUUGAGUUCUGUCUGUUGGAGGAGUGGAGGGAAGCAGGUGAAUGAACACUACUUCUUUCGGGGGAGGGAGGAGAAAAACGUCUGGGUCCAUCUUCAUCGGACUCCAGGGCCCCAGAAGAGGGAGUAAGGCUGGGAGAGGACCCACGGAGAGAGAGACAAGCUGAGGUGGGCUGGGGUGGGUGUAGCCCUGAUUCUGUGUAGCUCUUUCC